GCUCCAGUGCAGGAACCACGCAGAGCUGCUGGGGUGGGUGAGCACUGAGCCUCUGUUAACUGUGACAGGCCCCAGGCACCAUCCCCUCCCUGCUGGAGGCUGAGGCAGGUGAGCAGGUAAGACAACAUGGCUGCAAGAAUUUGCACUGUCAAGUGAUGGCCGUGAAUUAAUUUUUUUGGUGCAUCUGAGCUGGUAACUAAUCACGUGUUUUACAGGAAAAAGAAAACCAGCACAGCCUCCCUGUGCCCGCCUGGUGCUCUGGGACCCUGCCAGCCUCAACUGUGGUGAGCUGGCCUGGAGGGAGCAUCUAGCUGACAAAGAGAGCAGGAAGUGGCUGCAUCUGGAAGUUAAAAAACUUAAAUAAAAACCUGGCAUAUCACAUCCUAACACAUGCAUGGUGGUGGGGCUCAGGAUGCAUUGCAAAGACAGCACCACCCAGUAGCACCACCCUGCUCAGAACGGGGCGGAGACUUGGUGGCUCAUCAGGACUUUGUCUAAAGAGAUUCGUCUUUUACUUUUGGCAGUCAAACCUGCAGGAGCCCUGCGGAACGCACCCAGUACCUGGCACCACAGCUCGGAGCACCUUCCCUCCCUCCUGUGGGAAAGCCUUUCCCUGCGGGCAGGACAGCGCUGGAGACAUCCCGUUACGGGCUCUGCCAGUGCAGAGCCAGCUGUCCCUGCUGUCCCCCUCUGAACCCCUGGGAAUGGAUGUGAAGUCUCGGGCAAGGACACCGCGCUGAACAGAAACUCUUCUGCUGGGUCAGGCACUGAGCUGCUCCACAGAAACUUUGGGUUUUGUGCAUUAACAACAGGAUUUCCCUCACCCAAGACAAUGGAUUACCCAACGUUACCUGUGAGCGACUGGGACGAGAACCACGUCAAAUGCUGGCUGGAAUCCAUUGGAAUCAAGAAGGAGUCCAUAGAUAAACUGUACAAAGAGGAAGUGACAGGGCCAGUGCUAAUGGAACUGGAUAAGCCUUUCCUCAAAGAAAUAGGUAUGAAGAAAGGCCAAAUGCAGCUCUUAAUCCGCAAGAGAAACGAACUUCUGCAGCUGCAGGACCACGCCCAGCCAGCCACGAGUUCCAGCAGCAAAGCACCCGACGGGAGGGAGGCACAGACAGCCCCGGGGACUCCCAGCAGUGCCCCAGCUCAGAGCACGGCCGGGGGAGGCAGCUCUGGGGCCAUGGGAACAACCAGCACUGGCAGCACAGCUCCUGCCUCUGGAGACAGGCAGAGCAGCAGUGACAACACCCAACCUCAAGGGCCUGAGGAAGUCCUGGAGGUCAGAAACUGCAGGCCCUUUAGAAGUCAGGAUGUCGACUUCAAGUACGUGAAAGACACGGUUCUUGUUCCAGAAUCAGGAGUCACUGAUUUAAUCAUUCCUUGCCACGAAUACAAAUCUUUGGACACUGCUUCAAAACUGGACAAAAAGCAACUGCAAGCAAAGUUUGCCUCUGAAUUGAUAAGAUUUGCUUCAGCCUGCAUGAACAUUCGAACCAACGGCACCAUCCACUUUGGUGUCAUGGACAGUGUCGAGAACAAGGGUUGGAAACACGGACAGGUCGUUGGCAUAAAGGUCAAAAACAGAGAAGACUAUGUUGAAGCACUGGAUUUAUAUGUAGAAAAAUGCUUUUGUGAUAAUUUACAAGAAACUGCAAGGAAAUGCAUUCACCCACCUGUUUUUAUUGAAGUGAUUUCAAAAGCCCCUCAGGAACAAAGGUUUGUGGUGGAGGUUGACAUUGAACCAACACACACCUUAGUAAAGAAUAGAUGUUUUGAAGUGUGUUUGCCAAACUACAACGAAAGCAGCCGCAAGGUGACCCUGACCAAAGAGCCAGAGCUCUACCAGAGAGUGGGAGCCAAGUCUGAGCCUGUGCAGCGCAACAAACUCACCGCUUUUAUCCAGGCUACGCCAGACAGGGAUGCUCAGAGAGAAAAAGCUGAGCUCUCCAGCACACAGGUGCACACAGAAAUACCUCAGGAUUUAGGAAGAAAGUUAUCAAUCCUGUUAAACGAUGGCAAAAGCUACAUGGAUGAUUCCCUACGGUACAUCCUUGUCACAAACAGAUGUGAGCAGGAUCAUCUGAACUACAUCAACUUCUUAAUGCACCUGAACAUCUUCUGUGUCUUUGACUUUGAUGAACAUUCCAACGUGUCAGGGCUAUGCAGCAAGUACAAAGAGCACCACGAAGCAAGUUCUUAUUUUUUACAGGAUUUUUUCAAGGCAAUUAAGGCUGAUGCCCCUCCCUCUCAGAAACUGUUUGAUCAGACCAGCUGGAUAUUCUGCAAUGGGCGCAGUGACUUCCUGGGGGAUGAGAAACCUUGCGAUGAAAACACGUGGAUCAGAACAAAAAAAAAACACCUUAAGAAAGUCAUUACCUGUAUCUGUGAGGAAAUCCUGCCAGAGAGGUCUUUCAUUGUGCUUUUCCUAUUCCUGUCACCAGUGCAGAAACCACUUGUGGACACUUUUCAGGAGUUCUAUACAGAGAUGAAUGGCAUGGACUACAUCAUUUGCAUUGCAGAGUCAAGAGAAAAUUAUGCAAGGUGGGCUAACCUGGCCCAGACCUCCUGCAGCAUCGAGACACUGGAGCAGCGCAGCGUGGUGGGCAUGAAGCUCAGCCACAUCGACGCCACCGUCCAGGCAAUGCUGCCGUCCACAGCCCAGCCCAGGCACCUGCCCGUGUCCACUGGAGGGGUGUGCAUCCUGCCCUCCAGGGAAGAGGAGAAACUCUACUCCCUGGAAAUCCUUUGUGCUGACCAGUGUGAUGAUACCAAAUCAGACCUUUGGACCAAAGAGCAAAUACAAGAAACGGAACAAAAUUUUUACCGAGGGAGAAAAAUCAUCUGGGAAAACUUGUGGCUUGCUGAUAAAAAGCUCUGUGGGGACAUCAUUGAGCGGGAAGCGUGCAAUGACGCCUGCAAACUCCUGGAUGGCAUUCUACGAGGCAGUGUCCUGAACUACCCUGUGGCCAAACUAAAGAUAUUUCACCACCCUGGAAGUGGUGGGAGCACAAUAGCACGGCAAGUCCUAUGGAAAAGCAGAAAGAACUUUCGAUGUGCUGUUAUCAAGACCUCGUAUUCCCCUUCGACUGUUUGUAACCAUGUGCUUGCACUAAAAGAUUAUGAAGAAAGAGAAAUCACUCACUGUUUUCCUGUGCUCCUCCUGAUCGAAGAUUAUGAUGACGAAUACUUUGAAGAACUCCAGAGUGAGUUAUUGGAGGCUGCAGCAACCAGGAAAAUGAACACCCCCAGACCUCACUUCAUCCUCAUAUGCUGCAGACGAUGCAAUGACCCCGAAAGACUCUGCAAGGCUUCUCCGCUGGACACAGUGGCUGUCACUCACAAGCUGACAGACUCAGAGAAAAGCCUCUUCAACACCAAACUUGAAAAACUGAAGCAGAAAGAUGUCAAGCCAGAAUUCAUCCUUACAUUUGUCCUGAUGUGUGAGGAGUUCAGUGACACCUACGUGUCACGUGUGGUAGCAAACAUCCUGCAGGGUAUAGACCCUCACUCUCGGGACACCUGCCUGGUGCGUUACGUGGCUCUGCUUAAUUGUUAUGUACCCAAUUCCUACAUUUCCCUGUCACACUGUGAGGCCUUUCUGGGACUGGGGGCAUAUAUGGAGAGUAAAGCAAGAGCAUACGAUUUCAAACACCACCUGAGUGAACAAGCGAGAAUGAUUUUUAUCGAGCUGAGGGAAAGCACCACUUACAUUUCAUCCGUUCGGAUUAUACACUGCCUGGUGGCAAAAGAAAUUCUCCACCAGCUUUCAGUGAAUGAAUCUCAAAGUCAACUUGCAAUAAAUCUUCUUCAGGAAAAGACACUGUUUGAGAACAGAUUUGGACGAGAAGAAUUCAUCAAGUUUAUCAAACAUCUCUUUAUCCGACGAGGUAAAAGAAGCAGGGGUGACAACACUGACACGCUCUUCUCCCCCUUCAUUGAACACGUCUGGAAGGCUGAAGACUGUGAGAAAGCUAUUGCUGUUUUAAAAGCUGGAUAUGAACUCCUUGGCAAAGAUCCUUUUUUCGCCCAGCAGCUGGCCAGGCUCAAUUACAGCAACAAAAAAUUUGAAGAUGCAAAACUGUGGGCGGAGACUGCGAAAGCUCAUUUGCCAAAUGAUUCUUUUAUUUUAGAUACAGAAGGUCAAGUCUACAGGAGAUGGUUUAGUUUCCAUGUGGAUGAAAUGACAGAGGAGGGGGACACCCCUGAAACGAUCAUCGAGAAGAUAGAGAUCGCUCUUAAAGCCAUGAAAUGCUUCAGGGCUGCACAAGAGGCUGCCAAGGCAGAACGGGACAUUAUGAACAACGCCGGCUUUCACGGAGAAGUAGAAGUGGGUUGUCAACUCCUCCGGUUCCUGUCCACAGUCCCUGUGUUCCAGAGGAGUCCAGAGGGGGAAUAUACUGAGCUGGUGAAAUACCUCACCACAGAUUACAUCCCUGAAGAGAUAAAGAAGACGUGGGGAAACCUCCACUCCCGCCUGAAGGGCUUGCGCCAGAGACUGUACAACGCUCUGGAAUGGAUUUCAGAGGAGCUGAGCUAUUUCCAGACAGAUAAAAACCAAGACAAGGACGAUGAAAGUGAUAAAAAGGAAGAACAAAUUCAUAAUCCCAGGAAAUGGCUGAAAAGACAGUCUGGGGUAUAUGCUAAAUACUUCAUUUCAGCAUCACUUGUCAAGGAGAGCAACAAUGGCCCUGAAACCGAGCUGGUCAGACGCAUGACCAUUUACAAGAGCGGGGGAGGAAACGUCACCAAUAUCCUGUAUUUCCUAACGGACAAGAAAGAGAGCAGGUCGGCUGAAAAGCUAGAAAGCAUCCUGAGUUUCUAUCCUGACCCACUGAGUGACAGGCUGGAGGACAAUGACCUGAUCAAUUAUAUUUUUUGCCACAUCACCUUAGCCUGCUUAGCACCAGGAUCAGCCAAACUUCUGCCACUGCAAACUCUCCGUGAGCUCAGUACAAGAUUCUUCAAAGUAAAGAGACCAUUUCCAGCAAGUGCCUAUUUUUUGCUCACCUUGCUGUACUGGCCAGAUGAGGCACUGGACAAAGAGCACAAUCCAGACAAAGAUGAAAUUCUGACUUCAGCCCUUCAAACCCUGAAACGUUUAUAUGACAUCAAGAUGAAAGAUGUUCCUACCAGGAAGAGAAGAAUCUACACCCAUUUUUUUCUGGGAAAGGGUUAUGGCUUAAGUAAGAUUGUGCAGAAAGCUAAAAUUGAUAAGUUAAUUACAGGGCCUUUAGAUGAGAGGAGAAUGAAGUGGCUAAAUGGAACUGUAUGGAAUAUUUCCAGUACUAGUGACAGUCUCAAAAGAGUUUCUGGCUGGACCGAGGACAGGAAUUUGUUUACAAAAGGUCACAAAAAGAAGCUCCCCAUCUUGGCACUCCAUCGUGAAUCAGUGCCCCUGGGAAAUGAAAAUGUGACCUUUUAUUUAGGCUUUUCAUUCAAUGGGCUUGUUGCUUUCAACAUUGAGGUUGAAAACGAUGCAGGCUGCAGCAGAACCUCAGGGGUGUAGCACUGGAACAACAUGCACUGUGCUCUUACAGCACUGCAGGUGUCCACUGACACACCUGAAACUAAAAGGGGACUGCCCUGGCUGAGCACCAGGGAGCAAGAAAUCCACAAUUAACUACUGGAAACAGCCAGCAGAGAAGCAGUUUUAAAGCUGACUUUGCAAACAUCAGAACUGAUAAAAAAAACAGACGUCAGAUUUUAUUUCACUGCUUCUCUGGGUAAAUAUUACCUUAUUAGUGCUACCUUAGGGGGUUGGGUUUUUUAAAUUUUGUAGAUUUCAGAAGUAGUUAUGUAGUGAAUGUAGAUUUUAAAGUAGCAGUAUAUUAUCCCUUAACACAGUAGUUACACAUAGCAAAUGAAAAAAAAACAUAGCAAACCCUGUUCCCCAUUCCCAUAUCCCUUCCCCUAAAUUCCAUUAGCCUGUUUAGUCUCAUUUUCAAGGUAGAAUUGUAGAGAACACCCUAAAAUCUGCACAAGCAGAUACAGCCAUAGACACAAGGACCUUCAGGCCCAGAGCCCUGCAAGGCCUCCAGGAACAGCACAUGCUCCAAGGAAGAUGAAAUGAGGCAGAGGGGGUCCCAAAUGCCCCCAGACUCAAUUCCCCAAAGGUGUGUCAGGGGCAGAACAGGGGCUGUGGCAGAACAGGGAUUGGGUGGAAAUCAUCAUAAAAAUUGUAAAGCCCUGUGCUCAGGUGGUGUGGUAUUCCUGGAGGCUCAUUAAAACCUUUUUGUAUCCUUAUCUUACCUCCUACUGAAUUUGGCUGGAGUUUUUUCUCCUCUGCAGCCUUUUAGGCAGCGUUAGAUAGAGCUGGAUCUGGGGCAGGGUGCAGGCACACGAGCAUUAAAGACAUGAAUGACACACAAGAUUAUUUGUCAGCACUGUUAUGAGUCCAAACAAUUCCUGCACUUGGUGUUUCUGCAUUAUCAUCCAAGGAAUGUGUACAGAGUACAGGAUUAAAUUUAUACCCAUUCCUUGAGAAUUGCAAUGGAGUUUGUUUUUCAGCAAAGUUUACAAUGAUCAUGUCACACUGUUUCUAAUAAUAAAGCUGCUUGAUAUUGCUGGAGCUUUGCACUGCUUGACAGAAAAUAUUGUGAUUAAAACUGCCAGAAAAUCUGUCCUAUAACUUUUUUUAUCCAAUAAACAUUCUUUAUGAAGAAUUACCGUA